UUGAGUAGUUGAAUAGUUUAGUUGUAAGUGUGGUGAACAUCAGUUACAAGUUGAUUAUUUUUUUGGUCUCCGUCAUCGUUGUCCUCAUUUCUCUCUAGAUGUAGAGUUAAAUUAAUUUACAUUUUUUUACUAUUUUAUUUUAUUUUCUUUUAUUAUUUUCUAUUUUUUUUGUAUAUGUUAUAUUAUUUUUUAUUCCUUUUGGUUUUAAUCAAUUUCCAACCUAAGUGAACACACAAAGAAAAGAAAAACAUUUACCUGAGUUUUCUUCUUUUAUCUUUUUAUUUUUCCUUCUAUUCUCUUUUUUCUUCUUUUUAUCUCUUCUCUUCUCCGUUUUAUCUUAUUCUUGAUUCCAAUGUGUUCAUCCACCGUUCUAGUGUUUUGUUUUUCCUACUUUAUUUCAAUAUGUGACGUUAAAUGAUGAAAGCAAAUUAUUCACGAGCAUCAUCAUCAUCGGCCAUGGAAUAUUUAAAACAAAUACGUGCCUUAACUGCCUUCUCAUCCCUUUUUGAUUUCAAAUCGGAUGCAGUCAAGGUUGACAACAUCAUAUUUCGCCUUCACUCAAUGGUGACUGUUUAUAUACUUAUGGUGGGAACCAUGUUUGUUACAAUGAGACAAUAUUUUGGUGAUCCCAUUGAGUGUAUGGGUGGUAAAUCGGACAUCACACCAGCACUUUUACAACAUUAUUGUUGGCUUGAAUCAACUUUCUCUGUUACCUCACCUUCAUCCUCUACGGACUCAGCUUAUCCUGGAGUUAAGCCUUUAAUCUCAAGCCAAGGGGAGAAGAAAAACUACCACAAAUACUACCAAUGGGUUUAUUUUGUGCUAAUGUUACAAGCGAUUAUGUUUUACGUUCCCAAAUAUUUGUGGAAAGCUAAAGAAGCUAAACGCCUUCGUGCACUUAUCACUGAACUUCGAAUUCGCCAUAUAAAAGAAAUGUCAGAAUAUGAUCGACUCCGAUUAGCUCAAGAUCUAGCUGACACUCUGCUUAUUAGCAAUGAGUAUUUCUAUUUUUUCAUUUUCUGUGAAAUUAUUUAUUUUAUUCAUCUUAUUUUCCAAAUAUGGUUCACCAAUUUAUUUCUUGGUGGAUACUUCUUUUCAUUGGGCAUCGAGUGGAUGGCCUAUUCCCAUAUGGAAGAGGAUAAUCGUCAUGAUCCACUGGUCCGAACUUUUCCUCGUUUAACCAAAUGCUCAUUCCACAAGUAUGGUUACUCGGGUACCAUUGAAGUUCAUGAUGUUCUCUGUUUCCUUCCUCUAAACAUUGUCAACGAAAAGAUCUACGUAAUCCUUUGGUUCUGGUUUCUUUUCCUUCUCAUCAUGACCGGACUUUACCUGGUAUACCGGUUACUUUUAAUUGUAUGCCCCAGGCUUAGGUUAUGGCGGCUAAGGGCUAUUGCCCCAUCUACUGAUACAAAAUUUUUGGAAAGACUAACCUCUCGAUGUGGUAACUGGUUUAUCCUUAAUUUUGUGGCCAAUAACAUGAAACCAUCUCAUUUCCGUGAUCUCAUUGAUGAAGUGAUGAAACAACAUUUUGACACCAAUGGUAAACCCAUUUACAUCUCGGCCAUCUCUAAAAUGUACAACGGGGUCCAAGCAGCCCAAAAUGCUGCACAAAAUAGCCAACCUGCUGCAACCAAGCACAGUAAACACAAAUCAAGUCACAAGAAGGGAAUAGAAGUUGGCUUUACCAAUCCACCUUUACCUGGAUUCACUGUUGGCACAACAAGGGAUCCACCCUACGGUCAAUCAGUGGACUGGCCAUCAGCAUAUAACAAUAUAAUGAAUGCUGGAAAUCAAAUGAAUACAGGAAGUUCUGAGCCACUCCAUGAGAAUUGGGAUUAGUUCUGAUCAACAUGCCACCAUCAACAUCAUCAAACACAUCAACUUCAUCAUCAUCAUCAAUUUUUUUCUCUAAUUCUCCCUCCCUCUCUCUCUCUCUUUCUCUAUCUUUCCCACUCUAUUUUUUCCCUCUCCCUUUUUCCAUCUCUUACUCUCUAUCUCUAUCUCUCUGACGCUAUCUCUCUCUCUCUUUUGAUUAAUAAAUUGUCUCCAAUGAUAGAAAACAAAAAAAGAGCAAGUUAAUUAUAUUUGUGUGUAUUAUUAAUAAUUUACCUGCCAAAUAAUUUGUUAAUUGACAAGAAAGUUAAAUCAGCAAUUUGAAAGUGUGUUGAUUGAACAAAUGAAUUUUUGAAUUAAAAAAAAAAGUAUUACAAUUAAAUUAAA